GCGUCUGAUUUAUGGAAAAUAAGAACCGCAAUACUUCUGUGUUACAAAAUGCGUCAAUCACUAUAAAAUUGAUUGACAAAACAUAAAACUGGCAAAUCUUUUCUGCCAAACUGAUUAAAAUGGAAACUCUAGAAUAAAUCAGCAGAAUAAUGUCUCGAAUUUUGCACGUGAAAAAUUUACAUGUGAAAAUGAGACGUCGUGCACAGCCAUAAUUAAUUGCAGUCUAAACCGAGGAAAGAGGCUCGAUUCUGAAAGUUCAAUCGUGCGAAGAAAUCCAAAGAAAACACAAACGUGACACGAUUGAGAGACGUGAGACCGACGAACUUGAGUUUACUCAAGUGAGUGAAUUUCCGGGGAUAUACGCUAUGUGCUGAUAACAGAGAGAAAUCGAUCUUUAAGCAUCUCCAAUUCUGACUUGCACUUGAUGGAAAAUGUACAUCUUUAAAUCAAAUACUUAACAAAAGUGUAAUUAAUUAACAGAGAUAUUUUAAAUAUUAUGUGUAUCGUUUAAAAAAAUUAGUGACUCUGAUUUAUCGUAAUUUGCAAAAAAUAUUUAAUAAAGAAUAAUUUUUAAAUGCAAAUCAAUUUUUCUUUAAUUCGAAAUCAAAACUUUGUCAAUUAUAUUUAAGAAAAUUGCAGAUUAAACUAUCAGAAAUUCCAUGGAGAAUGUCUCAAACUUUUAUACCAAAGUAGUGUAACAUAUUUAUUUACAAAGAUGCUAACACACGAAGCAUGACACGUCAAAUUGCCGAACGUGUUCGGAGGACUCAGAAAGGAUUCAUUAUUAGUUUCGCGGAAUUUAGUGUGCACACGGGUUCCUGUGUCUCCAACUAGAACAACGAGGAGAAUACACGAAGUUAUCCAAGCAUGAACAAGGGAAGAUCCGGUGCGACGGCUACCCGGAAAAUUUUCAUAAAGUUCACGUCACAAGGAUUUCUCGUUUAAUAAGUUUCUAGUUGCAGAACAAAGGAAAAUGUCGGCCGAAGUGAGAGCUGGUCGACCUACCAUGCCAACGAUUUUGAUAUAUCCGCACUCCAAAAGGCCAACGAUUUUGAUAUAUCCGACGGUUACGCCGGAGAGCAUAAUCAUACCUAUCGUGUCCUGCAUUCUGGGAUUUCCGCUGUUAGCGUUAAUGGUAAUUUGCUGUUUACGGAGGAGAGCAAAACUCGCCAGGGAACGGGCUCGGCGAAGAAACUGUGAUUUGGAUCAUGGCGCAUUGAGCCUCGUUCGUUUCAGCCCGGUUCAUCGCCUAGCUGGCAUUGAUCGACCGGCACGUACCGUGUCCUUAAGAGGUGAUAGAGGGUCCCGAGCCUUCUCAUCCCUGGAGUUGGACACCGUCGUUGAGGAGCGUUCAGAUCCCGAGCAGAGCACUGCUCUCGAAUUAAGUAGUCCUGACUAGCAUCCGGCUUUGGCAUCGUCGAGGUCUCCACGACCUUCGAAAUCUUUGGCGGUGCCGUUGCCUGUGGAUCAUAGUCCGCUGUGGACAGCUUUAACACACGCUAAUGCGGUCUCUGCGGCGUUAGGGGACACCUAGCAGGAGGUGGAAGACGGCAGCUAUAUCAAAAGUCUCGUCCUAGAUCUGCCAAUCAUUUACUGACCGGCCUCUCUGAAAAUGUCUCUUGGAGCAUCGGAAAGAAGUUGGACAUCUUUACUCAAGCACUACCAUAUCGCGAUAAUGACUGUGUGAAAUAUCAGAAAAAUAUAUAAUGCUUUUAUGUCAAGAGAAGUAAAUAAUAAAACAAAAUUUACAACAAAA